UUUGUCUCUAACCAGUAAGUAAUUAGGAAUUGAUUGAAAUUCGCAGCGACCGUCCAAAGGGAAGGCGGCAUAUUCAAACUGACGUGGGGCUAGGCUAUCUGUUGACCGCUCGGAUUUGUUUCUGUCUUAGUACUUGGAACAGUUUGGUUUCAGGUGAAGAACUAUUUUUGUGACCGUUUGUUAUAAAUGAGACAGAAGAGGCUAUGAAUUUUCAGUUUUAUCUACAACUUGUAAAUGUUAUAACCCCAAUGGCAAUGGCACAGAAUUUUCGAAAUGUUUCAAUCAUUUAGCGUAUUUUUGUUAUAGGCCUAUAUCUUUCGAUAGUAUUAUUACAUUUGUUAAAAUGUAGUAAGGCCCAAGAUAAAUCAAGUUUCAGAAGGUGGAUAUAUUUAUGAAUUAGAACUAUUGGAUAAGUGCAUUUGAAUUCCCAAAUUAGGUCAACGCGUAACAUAAAAAAUAAAAAAAAACCCUCAAAACAAGCGGACCAAGUUUAAUACACAAUAAACCGUGCAAAACAUGUUUGUUGAUUUAACCUAAGGUAAUAUAUAUUCACUUGCUUCUUGUAAAUAGUGAGCCUUAUCCUCUACGUAAUCGAUGAAAUUUAAAUCAGCGACAAGUUUGUUUACAGCAGUCGUCGUUUGUCAUCGACAUGACAGUUUGUACAUGCUCGAUAAUUAAUGAAUAUGUAAAUCCAUGCAAAUAUUACCAACAAUACAUGCAAAUAUCGACGAAUAUCAUUAUAGUUGUAUAUGUUUAGACUUGUUCAUUUGAAAAUCAAUGUUGGUUUGUGAAUGUCAACAAACAUGUUCAGUUUCCAUGCAUUUAAUUGGACAACGACGCAGACAUGUGCUUGCUUGUUUACAUUGCCAACCAAUCAGAUGCGGGAACACCCCCGCCGUUACUAAUUAUAGACGGUUGUCGGAAUUGUAACGAAGCCGCUAAGCAUUUAAUACAUCGAUGGUUGAGUUAUUUGGUGCAUAAAUUUUAUUUAACAUAUCCACAAGGACUGAAAUAUGGUUCUUGUUUCAUUCUUUUUGUCCGCGCUUCAUCGGCUAAAGAAAUCCCCCAACACAUUCAUUCCCGUCCACAUGCAUCUCGGCCCGAGAACUCGAAGUAGUCAGGUGUCGCUAUGGAACCUGCCCGAAGAACUCAUCCUGUACAUACUCAAGGGUCUCCCCAUCCGAGACCUACUCAGCAUGCGAGCUGUGAAUUCCAGCUUUCGAGACAUCAUUGAUGGUUGUUCAACUCUGUGGAAUACAGCUAGCUUUCAAGAUGUCUGGCCUUCAUCCAAUAAUAUACAGCAUUUUGAGAAAGCUGCAGAAUUUGAUAACAUGGAAGCACUCAUCAAAAUGGCCAUAGCUUAUCUGUAUAAUGAAGGAUUACCCGGUGAUUUCGAGGGGAGAAAUGUGACCAGUAAUGGGAUUAGAGCAGCCCAGCUCUUCUGUCAGAUUGAGUCCAUGACCUCAUUUGAGCCGUUCACCUGGCUCUUUAUCCGUCCACCCUGGUCAAUCAAUGGUGCCUGCUGUAAAGAGUGUGUGUUCGUCUACAUGAAGAAUUAUCUACAAGAUUCUGACAAUCAAGAUACAAAGAAUGUUCAUGUGUGUGUGGCCAAAACUCUGCUGUUGUUGGAUGAUGAAGAGAAAAUGUCCGAAUCCGAUGUGUUCCUUAACAAUGCUAGUCAGCUUGGAUCUGGGUCUGCCGCGUUCUUGUUAUGGCAGAAACAGUACCAAGAUUGUGUGGUUACAGACAGAGCACGAAAUCUUCAGAGUAUACGACAAUUACGUGAGAUAGCCAAAAUGAAUAACUUAGAUAGCAAGCUUUCACUGUGUAAGAUGUAUGCUAAUGGAAUGUAUGGAGGUAUCAGCCAGUCGCAGGCAGCCAUGUUUGUUCAGGAGCUAGUCCAGUCUACAACCCCUUCAAAUACUCAGGAAUGCUUCAAAACAUCUCAGGAACUCACUACUUCUAUGAGGUACAUUUUAGUGGACUGGUUGGUAGAAAUAGCCGGAAUGAAGGACUUUUCUAGUCAUACUCUACACAUUGCAGUCAGUGUUGUUGAUCGCUAUUUGAAAGUCCAUAAAACAUCCAGGUCCAGACUCCAGCUUUUAGGAGUGUCAGCCAUGGUUUUGUGCUCCAGGUUCCUUGGAAAAGACAUCAUCACCAUUCGAGAGGCAGCUUGGCUGACAGACAACACCUACAAGUAUGAAGACGUAGUGAGAAUGAUGGGAGAAAUAACUGCAACACUGAAAGGAAACAUCCGCAUUCCAAACAGCCUGGACUUUGUUGAAAUCUUCUGCAGCGUGGCUGAUUUGGACAAGAAGUGCAGCUCUCUCGCCGAGUACAUCUGUGAGCUCACUCUUCUACAGGCCGAGAUGGGGCAGUACAGUCCCGCUGAGAUAGCAGCUAGCUGUGUUCUUCUGGCCAGACUGCUCAUGAAACUUGAGAUGCCAUGGCCUGACAGAAUGGUGAAUUUUAGUGGAUUUUCUGUAGAAGACAUUAGUCGCUGUGCCUUCCACAUCCAUGAAAAAUGCUUUCUGGAAGGAUCAGUGGUGGACCACAGAGAUGUCAAGUUGCAGGCCGUCAAACUGCGGUACGGGGAGGAAAAGUUCCACAAAGUCAGCGAGAUCCCGAUCAUGAGUUACGAAGAGUUGUGCUCCAUGCUAGGAGUCACUGAACACAUCCUUCAGGGCACAGAUGUCUGUGUCAAGUUUAGGAACGCUGACGAACUGAUAUUGUCACCGUCAAGAAAAAAGAGAAAGUGUGAAAGAGUUUAUCCACACUUACAAGACAGAGAGAAUGCAGCCACUCCAUCCAUUGAAGACAACUCAGCCAUCAUGGAGGAAUCAGCCAUGUCAGGUUACUACGGCGAUCGAGACGAGGACUCAUUUCAAGAAUAUGAUGAUUCCAGUGAGGAUCACACCAGCCCUUCUGAUUUGGAAUGUGGGUCUGAGAGUGACACUUACUUUGCCAGUAUUUCCAAAUCUGACAAAAAUAAUGAAAUGCCAUUCAAUCUCUCCUUCUCCACAAUCUCGUCCGAUCAAAUUACCCAUAGUUCUCCCAAAAAGUCAUGUGCCCAAGAAUCCUCCUCUGGAAUUUCCUCGUCACCCAACACAGCCUCAGACAAUUCACCAUCGUGUUCCUAUGCAUUUGUGCCAAAGUCGCCGCUAGGCAUUUCUGGACAUUCCUCUCACAUCUGGAGCUUGAAUUCCUCCAGGAAAAACACUGUCUCCAGUGAUUCGGAUAUGUCCUCCCCAAGGUGCUCAGAGAAACUAGGUGCUACUAGUUACAUGACUCUCCGAAGAACAACGAAACGCAAGAGCAGACAAUCUCUUUGUUACAGUGCUUCAUUUUCUGGACAGCACUGAAAAAAUGUUUUUAUGCCUGAAGUUUGAAUGAAAUGAUGAAUGCUUGUAUAUUUCUGAGAACAUAUGGAAUUUGAUUUUAGAAUGAAAUCCAAUUUUAUACUCAAAGAUGUGAAUGAAUUUAUGAACCAAUCAUGAAAUAAUUGUGACAUCAGGGAAUCUAGAGAUUGAGUUAUUUUUUGGUUUAUGUAUAUUUUUUUAAAGAGAUAUAUAUCUUUUUUGUAUAUUUUCCCCCAAGAUUACUGAUUGAGUAUACGAGAUAGUGAGAAUCUUUUUUGUGAUAUUCCAACUAAGACAAUUAAGGGUUGCAUUCCACAUUCUUCCAAAGAAACUUUCAGGGAAAUCAUCAACACUCCAUCGUAGUCCAAUGACGUGAUAUUAGAUAAGAGAGAAAAAAUCAUCAGAACUGCACAAGAUUUAAUUUAUGCUUCAUCAUUUUCCUUUCUGCCCAGCAUGAUUCAUUCUCACAGGUGUUCGUGAAGAGACCAAGUCUUCUUCUUGCCUUUAUAUUGACCUUAGUACAAUUAGUAAAAUCAUUAUCAUUUUAUCCAUUAUACUCAUGUAGGUGCAUUUUCUUUAAUAGUCGUUUCAUUGCUUUCUCUCUCCAAAAGGAAAUCUAAGGAUUUUUACUCAGCUCAAAUUCAUUUUGUUACUUUUUCCAUCUGAAAUUGUUUUCCAUCUGAAAUUGUUUUCUACCUCAUUUCAUGUUAUCAACUGGUUUAAUUUUUUUUAAUAUCACUUCAUAAUAUCUAGCUUUUCUUAGGGAUUAAUAAGUUAAUGGUUAAUGAGAGGAAAGAGCUGCAAUGGAUUAAUUUUUGUUCUUGUUUUUUUUUUAUAACUGCCUGUGUCAAAGUGUAUGUUACAAUGUCUGCUAAUUUUUGCCUUGCAAACUUUGUUGAUGUUUUGUUUUGUCAGAUUUUAUUUCGUGUUUUUUGAGUGCAAGCUGUAUGUAUUGGGGAUGUGAGACUUCUUUGCUAUGGGGUACCUUUUCAGAUUCAUUGAUAACAGGGUACGGUGAAAAAUGAAAAUUGAAACCAUUUCCUGAUGAAUAAGUGGCUUUAUUCUUUUGCACUUGUUGAUCCAUUAAGCCUUAAUCUACACCUAAGAUUUUAUACAAUGGUUGAUAGAAGAUUUGAGCAGCAUUUGGUGCUUUACAAUAAAUUAUUUAUUUAUUCGUACAAAUGACUAUUACCCUUUGAUUGAAUGAUGAAUGAACUGAAUUUGUGUAAUAUUACAUACACCUAUGAUAUACAAUAUGCCACCUUGAUGCCAAAGGGAACUAUUGUUUAGGCGGUGGAUGUUGAGAUAAACAUCGCAUUAUAUGUGUUUGAAUGAAUGAAUGAAUGAAUGGAGUUAUGUCUUUGUUUUUGUAUUUAUAUAUACAAUUAUAUUUUCUUUCUACAUAAAAUGGAGAAGAAAAUUAAAAAUGAAAAAACCACAUUUACCAAA